GGUCGUCAGUCCGUGGAGAGAUUCGAUCGAGUGAGCUUCGCGCUUCCCAACCUCCCAACUUCCAGCCCCGAAAAGUGAAAACCCAUAGUCAAUAGGCCAAAAAGUAGUCGCAGGUGCUAACAGCAACGAGCUCAGGAUUAAAUAGAUAGCCGGAAACAAUCAUGGCAUCCCACUGGCCCCAGAACGUUGGAAUACGCGCCAUCGAGGUGCUCUUCCCCUCCCAGUACGUGGACCAGACGGAGCUGGAGACCUUCGACGGUGCCUCCGCCGGCAAGUACACAAUUGGAUUGGGCCAGGCCAAGAUGGGUUUCUGCUCGGACCGCGAGGAUGUUAACUCGCUCUGCCUGACGGUUGUGAGCCGCCUGCUGGAGCGGCACCAUGUGAAGCACUCGGAGAUCGGGCGCCUGGAGGUGGGCACCGAGACCAUUGUGGACAAGUCCAAGUCGGUCAAGUCGGUGCUGAUGCAGCUGUUCGCCGAGAGCGGAAACACGGACAUCGAGGGCAUCGACACCACAAACGCCUGCUACGGCGGCACGGCGGCGCUCUUCAACGCCGUCAACUGGGUGGAGUCGUCCAGCUGGGACGGUCGCCUGGCCCUGGCCGUGUGUGCGGACAUUGCCGUGUACGCCAAGGGUGCUGCUCGCCCCACUGGCGGCGCUGGUGCGGUGGCCAUGCUGGUGGGUCCCGAUGCGCCGCUGGUCUUCGACCGUGGCCUGCGGGCCACCCACAUGGAGCAUGCCUACGACUUCUACAAGCCGGACCUCAGCUCCGAGUAUCCCACGGUGGACGGCAAGCUGUCCAUUCAAUGUUACCUUUCGGCCCUGGACACCUGCUAUCGGCUGUACCGCAAGAAGUUCGACCAGCAGCAGAAGGACAGCUCCAAGCCGACGGCCAGCCUGAGCACCUUCGACGCCAUCCUGUUCCACACGCCCUUCUGCAAGCUGGUGCAGAAAUCGGUGGGUCGCCUGAGCUUCAACGAUUUCCUGCUGAGCAGCGAGGCGGAGCGGACGAAACAGUUCCCGGGCUUGGAGCGCUUCAAUGGCUCCAGCCUGGAGAGCACAUACUUCGAUCGCGAUGUGGAGAAGGCCUUCCUCACGCAGUCCGCCGACAUCUUUGCCAGCAAGACCAAGAAGACGCUGCUGCUGGCCAACCAGGUGGGCAACAUGUACACCCCGUCGGUGUACUCCGGCCUGGUCUCGCUGCUGAUUGGAGAGCCGGCCAAGGAGCUGGUGGGCAAACGCAUUGGCGUCUUCUCCUACGGAUCCGGACUGGCGGCUUCAAUGUACUCGAUAAGUGUGACCCAGGAUGCGGCUGCCUUCGAGCAGUUCGUCUCGAAGCUGGACUAUGUGCAGCCGCUGCUCAACUCACGCGAGAAGGUGGCCCCCGAGCAGUUCUCAGCGCUGAUGGAGGUGCGGGAGAAGAACAACCAUGCGGCGCCCUACACGCCCACGGGCAGCAUCUCCGCCCUGUUUCCCGGCACCUAUUACCUGAAGGACGUGGACUCGCUGCAUCGACGCACCUACGAGCGCACGCCGACCAUCAGCAACGGGGUGCACUAACCCCGGGCUAUUGGUUCAGCGGUUUGGUUCUGGUUUCGCCUCCAACUUGACAAUAACUCCAAUCGACCCUCGACCAAACCCCAUGUAAGCUGUAGCUGUAGACGGUAACUAUUUAUAACUGGUGCGAUCCCGGGGGUCGCUUUUCUUUCACUCUUCUUAUUCGGGUCCUAAUUGCGUAUAUAGAUAGCACUGCACCUUCAACCAACCACACCUAUUAUUUAUACAAGCUUGCGCAUCCACUCUUCAUCCAGUCAGUCCUUAUUUAUACCAUGGAACAAGUCUUAACUAGCGUCGGUACUGCAAUUUAUGCCUAUUAAUGUACAAUACUUAUACCUGUGUGUAAGGCACACAAUCGAUUGUUUUACGAACAAUAAAAAUCAACAAAGUCAACAAACGAA